AUGGUGCUCACCGAGUACACCUACGUGUUUGUAAUCGGCACCGGCUUUGCCUUGCUCGAGGCCUUUAACAAUGGUGCAAAUGACGUCGCCAAUGCUUGGGCGACCAGUGUCUCGUCACGGUCUGUAACCUACAGACAGGCCAUGGUCCUGUGCCUUGUAUUUGAAAUGCUCGGCGCUCUGACUGUGGGCGCGCGAACGGCCUCGACUAUCAAGAAUGGAAUCAUCCCUCUGUCGGCAUUUCAGAACAACCCUGGCGUCCAACUCCUGGCCUUCACCUGUGCCGCCGCUGGCGCCUCUCUCUGGGUCCAGUGGUGCACCCGGCACUCGGCCCAUGUUUCAUCGACAUAUUCUCUUAUUUCUUCCAUCGCCGGUGUAGGUGUUGCUACCGUGGGUGCUUCUGGCGUCCAGUGGGGAUGGAAUAAUGGCAAAGGUCUCGGCGCCAUCUUUGCCGGCCUUGGUAUGGCGCCGGCCAUCUCUGCCUGCUUUGCUGCCAUUAUCUUUAUGCUUAUUAAAUUGGUUGUUCAUGUCCGAAAGAAGCCCAUUCCCUGGGCUGUAUGGACGUCGCCAUUCUUUUUCCUAAUUGCUGGUGUUAUCUGCACGCUUUCUGUCGUCUACAAAGGCUCCCCUCGACUCGGCCUGGAUAAGAAGCCAGCUUGGUAUAUUGCCGCCGUCACUCUUGGAGUCGGAUGGGGCCUGUUUGUGCUGUCUGCGAUCUUCUUUGUGCCUUUUGUUCACGCCAAAGUGCUCAAGAAAGAUUACACACUUUCGUGGAAGCAUGCCAUCUACGGACCCCUUCUCUUCAGCCGUCAGCCCCCAGAAGAUGCAGUCCAAGCCAAGGUCCCUGACUAUGCCAUCGUCCAGCACGGGGACGUCAGUGACGACAACAGCCAGUCGGACGAAGGAGCAUCGGACACGAAAGGGGCGUCUGGUACCGUCGGUGACGGCGAGAAGUCCGGCGUGCCAGUCCAGUCUGCCACCAAUAUCGGUGACAAGAAGCUCAUCUUGGCUGAAUGCAACCAAGAAGGCUACCAGAGGCUUCUGGUCGAGGCAAGAGAGCGGCACCACGCCAAGCUCAGGAAGAGCCGUGGUCCUCUGGGCUGGGCAAUGCGAACACUGCAUGCGAACCCUAUGGGUGCUGGAUCUCUCUACGAAACUCACAACAUGAUUGCUCUUUGCAAGCGUAUUCCCGCCAUGAUUGUUGUUGCUCUUCUCUACGGCAUGCAUUAUGAUAUCCAUACCGCGCAAGUCGGCAUUGAGGGUACCCCUGAGGGUCGCCGCAUGCAGCGCGUCUAUGACGAAGCGACCAAAUACCCCAACGAGGUUGAGUACCUGUAUUCGUUUGUCCAAGUCAUUACCGCCUGUACUGCGUCCUUUGCCCACGGGGCCAACGACGUCGGCAAUGCGGUUGGUGUCUGGGCCGCCAUGUACUCGGCCUGGUCUACUGGCAGAACUCUCACUGCGAGCUCGCCUGUGGAGCUGUGGCAGAUUGCUGUCAUGGCAUUAACCAUCUGUGUCGGCUUCAUCACGUACGGUUACAACAUUAUGAAGGUCAUGGGCAACAAAAUCACCUACCACUCACCCAGCCGAGGGUCCUCAAUGGAAAUGGGUGCGGCCAUUACAGUGCUUGUUUUCUCCCAAUAUUCGCUGCCCGUCUCGACAUCCAUGUGCAUCACCGGAGCCACGGUUGGCGUUGGUCUCUGCAACGGCACCUUGAAGGCUGUCAACUGGCAGCGAGUUGGCUUGUUGGUAUUUUCUUGGAUUAUGACGAUUCCCAUUGCAGGCUUGAUUGGCGGCAUUUUGAUGGGGAUACUACUCAACACUCCUCACUUCAACUAA